GGCGCGGCGCGGGUCGUACCAAGUGCGUCCUGCCCUGGCUCGCACUGCGCCCUACGUGGGCCCAUAGCAAUGGUGUCACCACCGUAUCUGGGGCGAUGUCUACGGGGAAGGGCUGGGCAAGAGGUCCGAGAGGUGGUCAGAAGGUCACCCUGCCCCAUCUCCAUCUCCUGUGAGAUGAGUGACUCCCAAGACCCCACCACUUCCCCUGUAGUUACCACCCAGGUAGAGCUGGGGGGCUGCAGCCGGCAAGGUGGGGGUAAUGGGUUCCUCCAUUUUCGCCAGCACCAGGAGGUCCAGGCCUUCCUCAGCCUUCUGGAGGACAGUUUUGUCCAGGAAUUCCUCUCCAAAGACCCCUGCUUCCAGAUUUCAGAUAAGUAUCUCCUGGCCAUGGUGCUGGUCUACUUCCAGCGUGCCCACCUGAAGCUCAGCGAGUACACCCACAGCAGCCUGUUCUUGGCCCUGUACCUUGCAAACGACAUGGAGGAGGACCUGGAGGGCCCCAAAUGUGAGAUUUUUCCAUGGGCCCUGGGAAAAGAUUGGUGUUUACGAGUGGGCAAAUUCCUGCACCAGAGGGAUAAGCUUUGGGCACGGAUGGGUUUCCGGGCUGUUGUGAGCCGCCAGUGCUGUGAGGAGGUCAUGGCAAAGGAGCCAUUCCACUGGGCUUGGACUCGGGACCGGCGCCCCCACCAUGGUGGGGUUCAGAGGGUCUGUCCACAGGUCCCUGUUCGCCUUCCCCGGGGCCCUGGCCUCUCGCCACCCCACUGUUCCCCCUGUGGUUUGCCCCAGCACUGCAGCAGCCACCUGCUUAAGCCUGUGUCAUCCAAGUGCCCUUCUCUGACCUCGGAAUGUCAUCGCCCUCCCUCCCAAAAUUCUCUCUCAAGGGUCAAAAACGCCUGGGGUGGGGACUUUCUCAUCGUCUUGCCUCCCCAGAUGCAACUGGAACCAGGCACCUACUCCCUCCGCAUCUUCCCAAAGCCUCCGGCACGCCCUGGGCACUGAAGUUCUGCAGGGUGAAGAACAGCACACCUGCUGGCCCACUGACUGACACACCAUUGGCUGUGCUCCCACCCCUGCCCCUUCCUCCCAGCCUGCAGCUUGUGCCCCCUCUGAUCCCGGUCCCCUCUAAUAAAUUCAUGUCCACAGGACACCAACUGUG